UCUUUCACAUCUUUAAAGAUUCUACCUUUAAUUGGUUAUACUACUCAACAAUUGUUUUACAUUCAUUUAAUUAUUUGUUGUUCACUAAUAUUUAAUUUGUUUUUGAUUCAACUAUUACCCAUUUCAUCUACCAAAAUGGUUGUUUCGACUCCUGGUAGAACCUCACCGUUGAGGCGGUACACAAGUGUUGAUGACUUUUACCGUGUAAAUGCCACUUUGAACAAAUUAUUGGAAAAAGAAAGAACUGAGCGUGAAAAAAUUGACCGUGCCGCUCUCAAUUAUCUUCAAGCUGUUAAGGAAGAUUAUGAAACCAAAAUAAUGACCUUGAAAGAGGAACUGGAAAAAGUUCGUAAAGAGUCUGAUGGAGUAUGCAAAAAGGACUUUCAAAAUGUUAAGUUUGAACUAAGGAUUGCCCAAAGGGAUAUUAAAGAACAAAAGUCUCGGAUUGAAUAUCUUCGUGACGCUAGAAAAGAAGCGGUAGACAAAUUGAGUCAAGUGGAAGCAACUCUUGCUGAAAAAGAAGCAGAAAUCGAAGAAUGGAAAGUCAAAUUUGAAAAUUUGUCUACGGAUGUCAAGAAACUUAUGGAUGAUAAAAGUACCUGUGAGGAAACCUGUAAAACUUUGGUAAAAGAGAAAGAAGAUUUGAUUGCUUUGAAUGAAAAAUUGACAAACUCCAAUGAAAUUUUACGAUCAACUUGUGCCUCUGUGGAAAGUCAAGUCUCCAAGUUUGAACAGGCUUGUAAAGUACAAUUGGACAUUAAGGUUAAACUGACUGAAGAGAAAACCAAAAUGUUGGAAAAGAUCAACAAUCUGGAGAAAGAGCUUGGGACAAUGACAUCCAAGUAUGAAAAUCAAAUUUUGGACAUGGAUAGCAAAAUUAAAUCCCUUGAAUCUACUGUUUCAGAGUACAAAACUAAAUGCAAGCAGCUUGAAGAAGAGAUACAAGAGACUCAAAAUGCCUUGGAAGAAGAGAGACAAUUCCGUGUAUUACAUGAGGAUCAAUUACCCGCUUUGUUAAAAGAAAAUGAACUGAAACAACACACCAUUGAAGUUCUUCACACAAAAUUUGCAGAUUAUGAGAAAGAAAUAUUUUUUUUAAAGGAGGAAGCCUCUAACCACAUAACUAGUAUUGCCCAGCUUAAUUCUAAAAACAAACAACUCACUUUAGCUUUGGAAGAAGCUUUAGUCAAAAAUGAUACGCUUCAGAAAAGGAUUGAAGUUAUUGUUGAGCAGUUGGAGGAUGAGAAACUUGAGAAACUUAAGCUCAGUCAAACAGUACAUCAACAAUUUAAAGCCAUUGAUUUGUUGCAAGAUGAAAUGGAAAAAUCAAAAAUGGAAAAAUCAAAGAAGUCUUCGUGGUUUGGACAUGUUAAUAGCCCAGCCAAGGAUGCAUCUCCAGCAUUUAGAGUGUCCCAUAUGCGAGAAUUAGAAGCAGCUCUCGAACGCGAGAAGGCCAAAAAUAAAACAUUGACAAGACAAAUUGAUGAAACUAAACAGGAACUUCGACGGUAUAAAACUGAACUUCGAAAAUAUGAUAAAAUAGGAAUUACUUUUCCUGUACACGAAGGCAAAGGAGACGCGCCAAGUAAUAUGUCAAGUUUAGAUCCUAAAUACUCGAAGGAAAUCGCCGUGGAAGUAACACCGUCAUUAAGCUCAGAACCUUCAGCUCCUUAUCACCAAGAUGUUGACAAUUUAACUUACUCUUCUGCAAGUACAAGUACGACUGAUAAUAAUGAUACAUCUGAAGAAGAGAAAGAAUUCAUGUUCAAUGAAUCAGGCCCCUCAGAAUUUGCUCAUCAAAAAACUUCCAGUGUGGGAUAAAUAUUCGUACUGUUAAUUUCUUACACAAUAUUUAACAAGAAAACAUUUCAUAUCUAUCUUCAUGACGUUAAUAUUUUAUGUAAAUUGGUAUUUUUAAAAGUCUGCAAAAAUAUUUUAUCAUAGAUUACACCACGAAGAUCCAGUCCUGGAACUAUUCUCAUGUUCUCCAUCUAUAUCCAAGCAUGAUAAUGAAAUUAAAUAAAAAAAACAAAAGUUAAAUGACUACAAAAUGGACAAGCAAAAAACAUCAUUACAUUUUCAAGAGCUUAUCCUUUCCACCACUGGCAACUAGUUCACCAUCAGGACUCCAGUCAAUGGCGUAAACCUGUCAAAAAAUGUCGAUUAUAAAUCUAUUUCAUUGAAUGAUUGCCUUAUUGUUAUCAAACCUCAUCAGCGUGUCCUGGGAGAUCUUGGAGUAACUUUUUUGUUGACAUAUCCCAAACUUUGACUGUUGAAUCAGCGCUUCCACUAACUAAUAAUCUACUAUCAGCUGACCAAGAAAUUUGAUAAACAGCUUGAACAUGUCCUCUUAACGAUGUGAUAUAUCUUUAUGAUAAAAUAGAAACGAAAAAGACGUGAAUAUAGGAAAUAUGAUCCGAUUCUUUUUCCUUUCCAGAUAAAAAAUCUAUUAUGAAUACCCAAACUCAAACGAAAUUCAUUAAAGGCUUUGUAUGUAAUCAGCAAAA